UGGGGGAACGGUACUCCUCGUCUGCCAUUCAGAGGCGAUGGUAGUUGUCUAGGUAUCCAAAGGGGCCACAACAAGGGCCCAGGAGUGUGUGUGUGUGUGUGUGUUUGGAGGUUCAGAGAGUGUUUGGCGAGAGUGUACGUAUGCUUCUCAGGCAAACGGGGCCUAGAUAGGUAGUGACUAGCAGGCCUUGUCUUCAGCCGAGCGCAGAUCUCGCUCACUUCCGCACAGAGAGGCAGGGUAGCGAGAGGAGCGUCAAGCAGACACAGGGAGAAACAGAAAGAUGCAAUGUAGAUGGGGAAACAAAGAAAAAUGAUGGAAAGAGUGAACAGGUUGAAAUGGCACUGCAGUGUGAGGUAGGAGAUCCAGAGAAAUAGAGGGAGAGACAGCAAGAAUGAGUAGUGACUGAGUCACAGCAUGUAGUAGCGAGGAGUAGCGAGUGAGAGAUGUGGUGCUGACGCUCCCAGAAUCAACCGUGUGGGUCAGCCUUUAAGGCCUUCAGUGGACAGUGAGACAGCAGUCAUGCUAUGGAGAGAGGGGGAAAAACAGGGGAUGAGUGAAUGGGGGGCGACAGAGAUGAAGGAGAAUGAGAAGGAGAGAGAAAAGGCUUGAGGGUGUGGCCAUGUUUUUGCUCAAAAACUUUCACAGAGCCAUCAGGAGGAAGUGAAGAAAGAGACGCCAAUUCAGUGUGUUUGUGUGUGUGUGUGUCUCUCUCUCUCUGUGUGUGUGUGUGUGUGUGUAUCUGUAUUUUACUCGACUCACAUCUGAUAAACUCCCUGGCAUAUAUGGCUUAGAGUAAAAUGGCAAUGCAUGCUUGUAGGUGUGAUUGUAAAUGUGGGAUAUUUUUGGUGUAGUGUCAACCCUAAAAUCUGUGGUCUUGUGUAAGGCCACGGCCGUUGAGAUUUCAUAGCUUGAGAUAUUUUCCUGUUGUUUCUUCUGCGUGUGCUGUGUGAGUUGUCUGUUAAGUGACGUUUGUGCACGGAGAUUCAGGUGUCAGUGAGUUUCUGACCAUUUGUAUACAAACAGAUCAAAUGUGUUUUAAAGCUCCAAGAAGACCUGUGCACCCCAAAACAGAAAUUGAAAGAAACUUCUGAUUUUCCAGUAGCCAUUGCUAAGAAGUCUGUCAUUCCCAUCUGCUAAGUCACAGGCCAUGUUCCACAAUUUAACCCACCACACCACAAUAAUCUACCACACAUUACAGCAUACUCUCCACUCACGUAAUACUGUUUAGACACACACACACACACACACACACACACACACACACACACACACACACACACACACACACACUAUACAUGCCUGAUAUGUUCAUGUGAGGAAGACAAGGAGCGAGAGCAAUGAGGAGAGCGAGAAGGAAAGGGGGGAACAAGGAGAAGGUGUUUGGCUGUGACCUUAUGGAACACCUGACCACCACUGGCCAGGAAAUUCCUCAGGUGCUGCGCUCCUGCAGUGAGUUUAUUGAGGAACAUGGAAUUGUUGAUGGAAUCUACAGACUGUCAGGCGUGUCGUCCAACAUACAAAAACUACGGUCUGAGUUUGACAGUGAGGGGAAUCCGGACCUGACGAAGGAUGUGUACCAGCAGGACAUCCACUGUGUCAGCUCCCUCUGUAAGGCCUACUUCAGAGAGCUGCCCAACCCGCUGCUCACCUACCAGCUCUACGACCGCUUCGCUGAGGCAGUGGCAGUACAGCUGGAGGAUGAGCGCCUAGUGAAGAUUCAAGACGUGCUGAGUUCACUACCCGCUCCACACUUCAGGACUCUGGAGUUUCUGAUGCGUCACCUGAUUAAGAUGUCCUCUUUCUCUGCUGAGACCAACAUGCAUGCCAGGAACCUGGCCAUUGUAUGGGCUCCAAACCUGCUUAGGUCUAAAGACAUCGAGGCAUCUGGCUUCAACGGCACGGCGGCCUUCAUGGAGGUGCGCGUCCAGUCCAUCGUAGUUGAGUUCAUCCUCACUCACGUGUCUAAGCUCUUCCCAGACACAGGAUCAGCUUCAGGGAUGCCAACCGAGCGCAGGAAGUCCCUCCCCUCACCCACCUUACAGGGCAAUGAAGACAUCUUCUUCAGGUCCAUGCCAUCCCAGUAUCCUGGAAACAUGAGCCCAGGCAACGGCCCUCCUGUCAUGAGGCCUUACCACGCCAUCAUCGAGCCGUCUGACAAGAGAAAGGGCUCACUGAAGGGACGGAAGUGGAGAUCCAUAUUCAACCUGGGGGGCCGGCUGCCUGAUCCACGCAAGCGCAACAAGGGUUCCACCAAAGAGAAAGAAAAACAGUCUUUAAGGCCAGCUAAAAGCAUGGACUCCCUCAGUCCUGGCCCUUUUGAAGGUAACCGUCAGGGAGCCUCGCCCACUCAGCUGUCCCCCGUGGUCCCCUUGGGACAGGAAGGCGGAUCCUCCGGAGGCGGAGGCGGGCUCACCACCAGCAGCUAUGCGGUGACAUACCGCCGAGGGGGCGGGGCCAGCGUGAGUGUGGUCAGCGGCGGGACCCAGGGCACCUACAGCCGCCUGGACUCCGUUGGUGGGGCCUCUGGAGGAAGCGAGGGGACUGGGCCGGCGGCGGCGGCAGUGACGGGGUUGGUUGCGGGCGGGGCACUAGCUCCGGUCACCCGGUCACCAGGGCAGGCCAGCAGGGCGGAGAAGCGGGCUGGGAUCCACAUCUCGGGGCCGUUCUCCGUCACCGUGCCCCUCCACAUCACCUCUGGCCUGGUGGGGGUCAUCCAGGGGGCACAGGGCGAUGAGGAGACCCCCGCACCUGCACAAGAGGAGGGGGAGAGACGGAGGAGAGGCAAAGGCGAGGAGGAGGAAAGGGAGGAAGAAGAGGAGAAGGAGCGGGGCCGGAAGGAAGACAGGAAGAGAGAGGAGGAAGAGAAAGAGGAAAAACAGAUAGAGGAAAGAACAAGCGAGAGUGAGAGUGGUACGGGUGGAGAGAAAGAAGAGGAGGCAGAGGGAGAGAGGGAGAUACAUGAGGAAAAGGUAGAGGUCACACCGCCAGUAAUGGAUGGAGAGUGUGAAGAGAGAAGUUUGAAUGGGCGACUGAGCAGUGAGGAAGAGGAGGAGGAGGAGGAGGAGGAGGAGGAGGAUAUAAUUGAAGAGGAAGAGGGAGAAGCAGAGGAAGAGUAUGAGACUGGAGACGGAGAUUAUAUGGAAAUGCGGUCCACAGUGCUUGUUCCAUCAGCAUCAGCAGAGGAAACCCCAGAGGUGGGUUCCUCUGUAGACGCUGAUGUUCCCAUGUCUGUCGAGGAGGAGUCCCCUGAUGCAGACCUCCCGUUGGACUUCCAGGACACGUUUGGAUUCCUCGAUAUGAUGGACAGCAGCACAUACCAACCGAAUAAUGAGUUUUCUGUGGAGCCUCCGUGCUAUGAAGAUGACGAGUAUGAGGACAGCUCAUGGUAUGAUCAUGACGUCCAGACCAGCAUUUCCACUCCGCAGAAAGCCCAGACGAGCCCACCGUCUCCGGUGCCCUUACACACGCUGACCUCCCGCCCGACGUCCCUCCCACUGCACACACGUCUGUCAAUCAAAUCCCACAGUCUUCCCUACAAAUGCAGCCCCUGCUACCCCAAUGCCUCCUCUUCCUCAGACGAGGAUGAAGACGAGGUUGUGCUCUCAGACCCGAGCGAUGAAGAGGAUGAGGAUGAGGAUGAUGACGAGAGGGGAGAGUAUGAGGAUAUGUUUAUGCGCAGCCUCCCUAAUGAACUGGAGUUUCAUGGCUUGGCCUGGCCUGCAUCCAGGGGUGAGCCUCUGCCUGCCAGUAACAACGAAGAUACUUGCCUCAGUGGCCAAUCAGAGGACAGAGUGCAGACAGCUUUUAUUCCACCAAGUAGUGGCUAUGUGAACAUGUCCAGGGUAGGCCAAUCACAUAAUUCAAAUCAGACAGACACAAGCAGUAGUGUUUCUGGUAGCCAAUCAGAAGGAAAAGUCAUACAUGACGAAGUCCAGCUGCCAAUCAGCUCUCAGAACAUCAAUGACGUUGACCAAUCACAAAGCUCACCUGCAACAGACACAAGCUCACUAGCCAAUCAGCUCAUGGACAUUCUCCCUCUUAGCCAAUCAGAGUGCUCAGAGGUACAGACAGACUCAAGUCAUGAUUAUGAAGAGAUGAGGGUAACAGAUGUAGAGAGCAACGGAGCAACAAACAAAGAGAUGGACAAGGAAACACACAGAGAAGAGAGCAAAGAAGAAGAAGAGAGAGAAGAGAGAGGAGAGGAGGGACAGAGAGCGGAUGAGACCUGGGUGACCCACACUGCCACCGCUGGACCAGACACUCGCACUCAGCUUGACCAAGACUCCACUGGCACUCACCUCGGCCCUCCGCUGCCACCCAGAGACCAUCGCAACAACACACAGACAGACUCUAACCACUGCCAUGGUGAAACACCCUCAGAUAGUGAGGUAGAAGAGGUGGACUGGUCAGACCUUCACCCAGCCUCAGCCACUGCUGUCCCCUCACAGGGUGAGACUCGGACUAGCGCUGGGGAGGGGUCAGCAUCAGAGUCAGACACCUCCUUUAAUGUGGUUUCCCAUGAGCCCACAGGGGGAAGAUGGCAGGACGGAACAUACCAGAAGGAAGAGAAAGAGGGUGAAGAGAUGGAGGAGGAAAAGGAUGGGGAGAAUGAAGGAAAGAUAGAGACAGGUGAUGCUGAUGAGGAAGAGAGUGACAAAGAGGAGGGUGGACAAGAUGAGAGAGUAACAGAUGAAGAAGAGGAUGGAGAGAGAGAGAAAGAGGGUGAACAGAGGGUUGGCAGAAACGAGGGAGAGUGGACAGAGAGGGAAGAGGAAGAUGAAGAAAAGAGACUACCUGUGGCGAAGGAGGAGGAGGAGCAGCCAGAUGGAAGUGAGAGGGCAGUCACAGAUCAAAAGGGCCCUGCAGAGGAAAUAGCAGACCAGAGAAGCAUAGGCGAAGAAAAAGAAGAGAAUGAGACAGAAAGAGGAGAAAACGAGUUUUUCAUGAGCACGGGAGAGGCCGGCGCUGUGAGCGGACAGGUGGGGAAAGAGAGGGAGGAGGUAGAGGAAGGACACACAGAGGAGGGACAUCUGGCGCCAGCCGGACACCAGAUGGCCGAGCAGCUGCUGGAGUCUCAGACAGACCACAGAGCCAGUGAGGAUGCAGAGAAGUCUGAGCUGCUCAGAGAGGAGAGGGAGAGGGAGGAGGAGGAAGAGCAGGUACAAAAUCCCAUCAGCGAGGCAGAACAAGGAGGGGAGAGGAAUGUUGGAGAAGAGAGGAAGGAUAGAGAGAGUAAGACGGAUGACAAGCUGGCAUCUCUGGGGCAGGGCCUGGGCAGAACUUUGGUGGUGUCCAAACAGGUGCCCGUGAGGACGCACCAGGCCAAAGCUGUGCCUGUGGUGCCGCCCAAACCGCAGCAGUCCCGUCUCACAGCGCUAGGCCUCAGACAGCAGAUGCAGAGCAGAGACACACACAGCCCACAGCAGAAAGACAGGGACGCGCCACACACACAACACACUCACAAGCAAGACACCAAAAGACCACAACAAGACAUACAACAACACACACCAGACACACAGACCCCAGACACAAAAACACUGAACACACUGCACGAUGACAGGCAACAUCAGGCUCAGGUGAGGCACAUAGAGUCACCUGUAGCACAAGAGCACACAGACGCUGCGCUCCACACAGGAGACACCACACAACCCUGUGGGCCAGAAAAUGACCCACCCGCAGAGCACAGAGAUGCAGACCCAUACCUGCCACACAUAAACCAGCAACACCCACAGAUGGAGACACCAGAGCAGUCACUGGACACCAGAGCAGAGCAACACGCUGCACAGAGACAGAGUGAGACAGAGGUAGGGACUGGCGGGGAUGAAGGUGGAACGAGAGAGCAGGGGGCAGAGGGCAAAGACAGACAGGGGGAGCAGAAAGACGCGGAGGCAGGUAGAGACGCAAGUCCUGAUGUUAAAAAGAACAGGCUGAGUCUUCAGGAAGGAGAGCGAGAACGGAGGACCAGAGAUAGGGAGGUGAAGAGGAACAGCGGAAUCAGCAUGUGCUUCGAUGAGGCGGUUGCACGGGCAACCAGAGAACGAGAGAGGGAAAGGGAGCACAGCGAGAGAGAGAAAGAGAGGGAGAGAGGGGUGAGUGUACAGGACGAAAAGGCUCUGAAAUAACGCUUGGGGAGAACCCAGGGGUUGAGAGUGAGCUGAGCAGAAUGACUGACAGUGAUAAAGAUGAUGGUUUUAAAAUGUCCCUCACAUAUAAAUGGGCUGAUAUUGGUCCAGUGAAUGUAGAUAUAUGAUGCUAUAAAAUUAGUUGAAAUUUUAUGGGGGGGUUUCCCAUAAAUACUAACUCAUAAAUGCAACUAUCUAUAGAUCUUUUUCAUUUUGACAUUAAAUAAUAGGGCAAGCACAGAUGUUGCUAAAUAUGUAAAUGUAAGUCUCUGUUCAAAGUAAAGGCCACCGCAAAUAGGUGCCUUUAUGAGUUUCCACGCAUAUCAGCAUUUUUAACUAGUAAGCAUAGGCUAGUUUCCUGUACAGUUUCUUUUUCUUACAUUUUCUUUUUUUUUAGUUCUAUUUUAUUAGCAUUUUACUACUAAAUAAUAAAUGGUGAUAUUCAUGGUAUUCAACAAGAAGGUGUAGAUCAAUAUUUGUAUAGAUAUACUUGCAGGUUGCACAGUAGAGGGUCAUUCAACUGAUUUGUUCUUGGACAUGGGGGUCUGGUUAUUUCUAGCUGAGGUUUUUUCCCCAAUAAAACCAUGCAGCCUUCGUUUAAUUUUGGUGAUAUUCAUGGCAUUCAACAUCCUGAUUUGUAUAGAUAUGCUUGCAUGUUGCACAGUAGAGGGUCAUUCAACUGACUGAAAUUCAGUUGUUUUAUUCAAUCAAAUGAUCUACCAAAUUAAAUAAAUAGACCUCAUUUGUAUAAGGGUGUUGUUGUUUUUCAAAUUUGGUAUAAAUAUAUAAAUAUAUAUAUAUGACUCUGAUUGGUUCUAUUCAUUUUUGUCAUCGGUCUACACACAGUAUUCCACAACAAUAAAGGAUGUUUUGCCAGUGUUUUUUUUUUUUUUUUUUUUACUUAUCCACCGAAUUAAAUAAAUAGACCUCAUUUGUAUAAGGGUGUUGUUGUUUUUCCAAUUUGGUACUUGGCAGGAGUUUUGUUUUGUUCUUUGGAAUCGUAAUUUAGUAAGAAUCACUGAGAUUGUAUUUCUUUAAUAAACCUAUGCAGCUUUCAUUUGA